AUGUUCGAGGGCCAGCCCUGCUUGAUCUCGAGGGCAUUGCCGGGCUCCUGCGAGCAGGAAUCCAAGUGGGCCUAUAUGCAGUACCAUCUGCUGCAUAUCACCAAGAAGCCGCGGCUCCUGGAUUUCCCUUCUUCCCCGGAGGAGGAGGAAUCCGAUGGGGGAGGUGGUGACGGGGAGCAGGGCAAUUACCACUCCGGCUCCCUCAUCCAGGCCCUGGGCCGGGACAUCUCCAUCAACUGCCUGCUCCACUGCUCGAGGUCCGACUACGGCGCUCUCGCCUCCCUGAGCCGGAGCUUCCGCUCCCUCAUCCGCGGCGGCGAGCUCUACAGGCUGCGGCAGCAGAAUGGGAUCGUCGAGCACUGGGUCUACUUCUCCUGCAACGUCCUGGAAUGGGAGGCCUUCGACCCCCACCGGCGCCGCUGGUUCCACCUUCCCCGGAUGCCCCAGCCGAACGAGUGCUUCGUGUGGUCGGACAAGGAGUCUCUCGCUGUCGGCACGGAGCUCCUGGUCUUCGGCAAGGAGGUCACCUCCCACAUCGUGCUCCGAUACAGCAUUUUAUCGAACACCUGGUCGCCGGGGGCGGAGAUGAACAACCCGCGGUGCCUCUUCGGCUCCGCCAGCCUCGGAGGGAUCGCCAUUGUCGCAGGAGGUUGCAGCGUCCAGGGCACCAUCUACAACUCCGCAGAGCUCUACAACUCGGAGACCCAGAAGUGGACCACUCUCCCCAGCAUGCACACGCCGAGGAAGAUGUGCUCGGGGGUGUUCAUGGACAAGAAGUUCUACGUCAUCGGUGGGAUGAGCCCGGAUGGGCUGCUGACCUGCGGGGAGGAGUUUGACCUGGAGACGGGAAGCUGGCGGCUCAUCCCCAACAUGUUCCCCGCCCAGGGGGGCGCGAGGGGAGCUCCGCCGCUGGUGGCGGUGGUCAACGACGAGCUCUACGCCGCAGACUACGCCGAGAAGGCCCUGAGGAAGUACGACAAGAGCAGCAACCUGUGGAUCAAACUGGGGAAUCUGCCCGAGAGGCCCGUCUCGGUCAACGGCUGGGGGCUCGCCUUCCGGGCCUGCGGCGACCGGCUCAUAGUCAUCGGCGGGCCGCGGUCGAUGAACGGGGGGAACAUCGAGAUCAACUCCUGGAUCCCCAAGGACGAGCUCCCCGAGUGGGAGCUGAUCGACAGGAAGCCAUCCGGAGGCUUCGUCUACAACUGCGCGGUAAUGGGCUGCUGA